AUGGAUACUUAUGGUUAUAUGUACAAGAACAUUUUCAUUCCUCUAGAACCAUCACAAAGUUUACUAGCAAGCAACAAUGACGGUGCUGGCAAUCAACAAUUUCGUCUAUACAUUUGGCUCAAUAAUGUAACAACAUACUAUUUAGUUGUAACCACAAAUAAGCCUAUAGUAACAGGACAAUUUACCGUGAUUGCAACUGGUUUAGGAUCAGUAACAUUUUCACCAAUAAAUGCAUCAGGUAAGAUACCCAUUUUGUUCCAGAGCACUUCAUCAGUUAAGCAAAAUACUGAUGAGAAGAUAAAUGUAAAAAGAUAUAAAGGAUAAUGAGUUCACCGCCGUACUGUCCAUUUCGAAAUAUAGUGCGCACCACUGUUUCUUAGAUAAUUCAAGAGCGCAACGAGCUAGUGACCUGCGGUUUUCAUCAAUCGAUAGAUGAGACAGAGGGACGUCUUUGUCUCAGAUAAUGUGUCAGGCUAAAUCCUUUUAAAACUACUCAUCUUUGAAAAAUAUGGGAAAGAAUGCAUGAAAGUGACCUACCAUUCAGAUGAAAUUUUGACUUUGACCUUUGAUUUAGAUAGAGGAACUUGAUAUCUAUAGUUUAAGAUACAAUGCACUUUCUUACUUUUCCUUACGUUUUCAUCGAAAUGUCUAGCUAUUAUGAUAAAAAUGCAAAAACAUAGUAAAAAGUCAGUAAAAUUCCCUAUUAUUUGCACAUGAAAUACAUGGUUCCAUUUGGUCAACGUUAGAAUGCAAUAAGAAAAAUAUUUGCAUUGUAUCUUGAACUGUAGAUCUCAAGUCCCUCUAUCUAAAUCAAAGGUCAAACUAAAAAUUUCAUCUGGAUGGCAGGUCAUUUUCACGCAUUCUUUUCCAUAUCUUUCAAAGAUGAGUAGUUUUAAAAGGAUUUCGCCUGACACAUUAUCUGAGACAAAGAUGUCCCUCUGUAUCAUCUAUCGAUUGGUGAAAACUGCACGUCUCUAGCUCAUUCCAUUCUUGAGUUAUUUAAAAAACAGUGGCGCG